UGUGGAUAACCUAAACAUUAACAUUUCUGUCUGGGAAAGAUGACUUUGCUGUUUCUUUUUCCUUCUUUAUGUUCAUUUUUCAAACCGAUGUCGGCUCAAACGUUUGUCUAACUGUAAGAAUAUACAGAACAAUACGUCCCACCUGCAUGAGCUUUGACGGACCAUUUCGAAAUAGAUUCAAGAUACAAGAGCGAUGACCAUGGCUUCUAAAUCAUGUGAGCCUACUGAUAGGCAUUGUUAUCGCCCACGACCAUUAUCAGAGGACCAUCCACUAGAUGGCAGUAUGCAUUUCACGAUCAUGAAACAUCCGAAGGAAGCCUUCGAAGUCAUGAACAUGCUUAGACAUGCUGGGAAACUGUGUGACGUGACGUUGACAGCCGGCGGUGAAUCAUUCAUGGUGCAUAAGAUUGUCUUGGCUGCAGCUAGCCCCUACUUCAAGGCGAUGUUUACCGGAGGGAUGCGAGAGUGUGACAUGAACAACAUACCCCUUCAUGGGAUCAGUCCGUGCAUCCUGGCCAAAUUGAUUGUCUUUGCUUACACGGCUGAGAUUCAUGUGAAUGAAAUGAACGUUUGCCAACUUCUCCCAGCGGCCACGAUGUUUCAAAUGUCCCAUGUUGUUGAGGCCUGUUGUACCUUUCUUGAGCAUCAGUUGCAUCCAAGUAACUGCAUUGGAAUCGCUGACUUUGCUCAAGAGCAUGGCUGCACAGAACUUUACAAGAAAGCUCGAGAAUUCAUUUAUCAAAACUUUGGAGAAGUAAGUCACAAUGAUGAGUUCAAAGCACUGAGUCCAUGUCAGUUGAUCCAGUUGAUAAACCGUGAUGAGUUGAACGUCAGAUGUGAAUCUGAGGUCUACAAUGCUGUGUUAGAAUGGGUAAAAUAUGAAGAAGAGAAACGCUCGCCGAAAUUUGAACAUUUGCUAAGUGCUGUCCGAUGUCACUUCUUAACACCUCACUUCCUGAACAAUCAGAUCAUGCAUUGCAGAGUUCUGAAGAAGAAUCAGCAAUGUCUAGACUAUCUGACGCGUAUCAUGAAAGAUUUAACACUCCACAAGCGCUGCCCUGACCGCAGACGAAGUCCAUGUGCACCACCUGUGAUAUACUGCGCCGGCGGUUACCUUCGUCAUUCUCUGAGUAACUUUGAAUGUUUCAAUCCGGAGACAAAAGAGUGGUUUAAACUUUGUGAUCUCCCAGUACCGCGGAGUGGGUUAAGUUCAUCAUUGGUACAGGGUAUCUUCUACGCAGUUGGUGGCCGUAACAAUUCACCUGAGGGUAAUGUGGACUCAAGUGAUGUCGAUUGUUACGAUCCGUACACUAAUCUGUGGAAGAAGUGCUGCAGCUUGUCAGUGCCGAGGAAUCGUGUGGGGGUCGGCGUGAUUGAUGGAUAUCUGUACGCAGUUGGAGGAUCUCAUGCUUCAACACAUCAUAACUCAGUUGAAAGAUAUGACCCAGAUCAGGAUCAAUGGACAAAUGUGACACCAAUGCAUACAAAGAGGAUCGGAGUCGGGGUUGCCGUAGUUAACCGGCUUCUGUAUGCGGUGGGCGGGUUUGAUGGCCAGAAUCGGCUGCGGAGCGUCGAGUGUUACUACCCAGAGAAAGACGAGUGGCAGUUUGUGGCGUCGAUGAACAUGACAAGAAGUGGAGCUGGUGUGGUUUCUUUAGACCAGUAUGUGUACGCCAUUGGAGGGUAUGACAGCAACAGUCAGUUGAAGACGGUCGAACGUUUUGACACAGAGAACAACUCCUGGGAGUUUGUAGCUAAUAUGAAGAGCCCGCGGAGUGCCCUCAGCUGUGCUGUUCUUGGGGGAAAGAUAUAUGCUAUUGGUGGCUAUGACGGCAAUGACUUCCUCUCGAGUGUUGAAUGCUACGAGGUUGAUAAGGAUGAGUGGUUCGAAGUAACCAAUAUGAGUUGUGGACGAAGUGGGCAUGGCGUGGCAGUUGGGACAGAACCGUGCACCAAAUGAAAUUGGGCCCCCUGCCUGUGGGCAUUGCGAUGUAUGACGUCUGCUACCUGCAAGGCUAGUACGGCUUGCCAUGUGGAGCAGAAGGAGGAGCCUUCGAGCUCAGAGGACGACGAGGACACACUUGUACACAAUAGUGACGAACCAAGUACUUCGGAAUAAGAGCGCAUCUUUUCAGAAUAUUUUCUGAGGGCAGAUGGACAUCUGAUCAUGAGGUUAGAACCUAAACCUCUGGUCAAGAGGUGUUUUACAAGGUUGUGGCCACCAUGUGAAGCAUUCGGAAUCUAACUGACAGAAGAGCUAGUUUGAAUUGCACCAGGUUGUAUAUUGAGGACAUCUACGUACUGUUGGUUCAUAAGAAACAUUCCUUGCCUUGCGCUGCAUCAGCAUGACUGCAGAGUGUGAUAUUACGUUGCAAGGCUUGUUAACUGAGUGCAAUAGGGUGGCCAAAAAAGGCAUGGCAACUAUUUUUGAUAUAAUAAAGGCAAAUCUUGGAAGAUGAAGGGCAUAUCUUUAGAUUGUAAUUGAACGAAAAGAGACUUCAUGUGUACAAGUGAAAGGAAACCAUUGAAAAUUGAAAUUGAUUGGCACUGUUGUUCAGGCAGGGGAAAAUCAUCGCUUCACAAUAUUCAUGUUUACAGAGUCAGUUUGAAGUCAGUAUUGUGACAUGCAUAAUUAUGACACUCAUUUCUUCCAAUAAACUGGUUUUUGUUCCAGCUGGUAGAUUGUAAUGGGUAAAGCUGCAACACAAGGUUCAAAACUUUUACAUUUUCACCGCCUGAGAAAAUGUACAUGUACAUGUUCCUUUUAAUUUCUGGUUAAAGUCCAGCCCAGAUCAGUAGCUAGAUUCAGCUUGCUGAACAUGUGGACAAUAUUGUGCCAUUCAGAAGCACACACAUAGGAAUUCCAUAAUGACACAAUACAAUUACGAAUUUUCAGUAUAAUUAUAGAUAAUCAGUUUAUCCAGUCUCAUUUACUCCUUAUGAGAGCCAACGACAGAGUUAUCUUCUGUUAUGGGUUCAUUUGUGAUGUGGAAGACAUCUUUGUCUUUGCUUCACAUUGUGGAUGGUGCUCGUGUUAAUGGUGCUUUAAAUGGUUUGGUUGUGACCGUUGCACCAGUUUGCUUUUCAUUGACGCAUUAUUGUAUCUGCCCGAGUGGUUUUUUGGUUAAUUCGUUCAAUAGUCAUUCGCAUAAUAGUUGUGAGCAUGGUUUUGGCCAGCGAGCGAACACAAUGGGUAAAGGUAUUGGUUUGCCUUUGCAACACAAUAGAAACAAGGUCCUCCCAAUACAGUGUUCUACUGUAAAUGUCAUCCUAUCCUAACAUCGAAAGGGGCAAAAUAUGUUGAAAAGUGUUCUUUCUGAAAUGAUCAGCGGCAUUAGAAGAGAUCAGAUGUAAUUUUGUUGAUAACAAAUUAGGUAAUUAGAUAAACGAAGCUGAUGGUACCCACAAAUACUUAGGUGUUCCAAUGAUAGUGAUAUUGUCCACUUGAGAAUUUAUAUAUUUUAUCAUCUUCUUCCCUGCUUGUCUUGCCAAGAUUUAUUUGCCCUCAAAGUUUUGUCAGUAAGGCCAUGUUAGUGUCACUUCCUAAAGAUUGUGUGCUGUAAAACUUCUUUUAUUUCAGUGUUUUCACAAAACUUCUUAAAUUGUAGGCACAGAAUGCCGCAAUAAAUUGUUUAGACCUGUAAUGGUAUAAAUUACAGAACAUGAAACAAGUAGCAUUCCAGGAUAUUCAAGAUCGAUUUUGACUUUGUUGUGUGAAAUGACAUGUACUGUUAUGUCUUGUAAAUUGUAAAUAACCAUGUACAGUGUAAUUACCUGUAACCAGCUUGCAAUGUACUUGUACCAUAAGUGAUGGCCAGUAAAAUUAUUG